CCGGGUACAGCAUAUGCUUUGAGAAUCCACAACAUCCUCCUUCAGAAAAGCCCAUGUUGCUUUUGGAUAGAACAUAAUUAACCAGCACAGCGUCUUGGCUCACCACCUAUGAUGUGUGUGUGUUAGUGUGACAGACUAACCUUUUGAAAUAUGAGUGUUUCUGAGCGCUUUGCUGUCCUUACUGUUGCCUGAAUGCCUGUAGAUGUGUGCGUCUCGCUGUGUGUUUUUGUCUGUGUUUCCGUCUGUGUCUGUGUGUUGCUGUCAGUGUUCACUGGUCUGAUCGCUCCCGUGUCUGACAGCCCAUGUCCUGUACUUACACAGCAUAAGCUGAAGUCUUCGCAGAGGGACAAGGUACGGCAGUUCAUGUCCUUCACACAGGCUGGGGAGAAGACAGCUGUGUACUGCCUCACACAGAAUGAUUGGAAACUAGAAGUUGCUACCGACAACUACUUUCAGAAUCCAGAUCUCUAUUGUAAGGAAUCCAUGAAAACAUCAGUAGACCGGAAAAAGCUGGAGCAGCUCUACAAUCGCUACAAAGAUCCCCAGGAUGAGAAUAAGAUUGGUAUCGAUGGGAUCCAGCAGUUUUGUGAUGACCUCUCGCUGGAUCCAGCCAGCAUCACCGUGCUGGUUGUCGCGUGGAAGUUUCGUGCGGCCACUCAGUGCGAGUUCACCAAGAAGGAAUUUCUGGAUGGAAUGACAGAGUUGGGGUGUGACAGCCCUGAAAAACUGAAGGCCCUUUUGCCAAGAUUAGAGCAGGAGCUCAAAGACAGCGGGAAGUUCAAGGACUUCUACCAGUUCACCUUUAACUUCGCCAAAAAUCCUGGACAGAAGGGUCUAGACUUGGACAUGGCCGUAGCCUACUGGAACCUGGUUCUGUCAGGACGAUUUAAGUUCCUUGAUCUUUGGAACAGAUUCCUUUUGGAACACCAUAAACGAUCCAUCCCAAAGGACACAUGGAACCUAUUGUUGGACUUUGGUAACAUGAUUGCAGAUGACAUGUCAAACUAUGAUGAGGAAGGAGCAUGGCCAGUCCUUAUAGAUGAUUUUGUGGAAUUCGCGCGACCAAUUGUAACGGGAUCAAAACGUAAAACUCUCUAAAUCCAAUCCCAACUCUGGAAAGCCAGAACCUUGUUUCUUUUACAGUGACUUCAUAGUUUUUUUUAAGACUUGUACAAAAAAAGUGAAAAUCGUAGACUGCAGAGAGAAAACAGAAGCACUUGAAACUGUCAGGAAACCACCUUUCAGGGAGCUGAGUAAAAAACUAUGAGAACAACCGGCCACAUCUCUUGUCCUCGGGAGACUGAGGUGUCAUACAGACAUUGCCAGAGUCGCCGUUGUCUCUCCUGUUGUGUUCUCAGCAUCCUGGACGCCCCUCUGCUCUGCUCCAGGAGGAGCACUACCUGUCAGGCCACAGCCCUGUAAGUGGGCAUGGACACAGCGCUGAGAGGAGGUUCGCUGGCUGUGUGUACUCUAAAAGGACUGGAGAGGAGAAAACUGUGUGUUUUAAGUCAGCUUUGUUUUGUUAUAUGAAGCUCUGAGUGACUGUGCAAAGUUCCCAUGUCUUACUCUAACUUGGAGACAGAGUGCUUACUACACCAGCACCAACAGAACUGUUGCAGUUUUUACUGUACAUACUGUAUCUAUUGGGACAGUUUACAAAGAGAGCUAUAUGAAGAAUAAUAUAAAUACAUUCAAUUUAUAAAUGCAACAGAUGAUUCUUUUAUGUACAGUAAAUGCUAAGAUCUCUAACGGGAUGCCUCAAUAUUGUGGAUGAUAUGCUGUUGGUUUAAUUGCUAGGUGGAUCUGUCAAGUCAUGGAAUUGUGAGCUUCUCAUUGAAAGCAUGUUAAACACAUUUUACGUCACCUUGGGCUGGUUUCACAAAUACACAAGUAAAGGCAGUGCUUUAAUUUAGA